UAUACAGAAUUUGCAUUGUCAUCUUUCACCAAUGAAGGCUUUCAAAGUUGAUUUUUUUCUUUCAGUUGAUAUCGCUACAAAGGUCACUCCACGUGUAAGCUGAGAUAAGAGCUUUAUACCUUUAUGACCUCUUUUUUGUUCCCCAAAUUUUUAUUACUCUGUGAAUCGGCCUCAAGUGUUAUGCAAAUUCUUCACUAGAAACCAACUGUUGAAUGUUAUCUUGAUCACUUUGACAGAGAGAAAAAUAUUGUUAUCGAGUCACUGAAAAAAUGUAAGUUCUGGCAUUUGAAGCCGACCAAAGUUCAUGUGAUUUCCAAGAUUGUCUGGGUGAGAGGGUAGACUGUGUGAAAGCUUGACUCAGAUCCGUUGUCAUUCACUGUCAGGUGAGUGUUUUAUCCAAUUUUGUCAUCAGAAUGAUCACUAUCCACAUUAUGCUUGAUUUAGACAAUUUUGAAAUUCUAGUUUGUUGACCGAGCUGUCAGUAUAACUUGAGUCACGCAGGAAAUAAAAUGCUGAUCACAUUUUUCAGCCCCCGAUGCACACAGUAUAAUAUUACACACGCCAUUAAAAUCCACAAUAUAAUACAUACGAUAUUAUCCCAUAGUCUCGGUAUUAAAGUUUUACCAAAAAAAAGUCCAGUGCGGACAGGGCUUAAGUCAAGAUCAAUAUUGGCAGUUUUGUUUUGGAUAACAAGAAGUUUAUGUAUUUUUCAAAAAAAUAAUUAAAUCUGCAAUUUUCUGACAUUGGCUCUAGAUAACGAUAUUUUGUUAAGAAAGCGUCAUGUGUUUUGUUCUUGCAUUUGUCGCAGUGAUCAGUGCUUAAAGAUGGUUGCUUAUAUUCUACAAAGUUGUGAUUCCAUAUUCAUGCUAUCUGCUCUAUUUAGAGAAAUGUUCGUUAACAUUUUGCAGCUUUUCAUGAUAGUUUUCAUAAUCUCACAAUUUCUUAUACAUGUGUAUUCAUCAUAUAGUAACAUCCCAAUAUAUGUUAUUGUUAAGCAUUUCCAUUUCAGGUGUUUAGUCAUGGCAUUCAAGGCCGCCAUCUUUGAUGUUGGUGGAGUUCUCAUAGAGAAUCCAUCCGCCUACUUGAAGAAAUAUUCUGAGGACAAUGGCUUACCUGCGACGUUUGUAUCGGAUGUCUUUGUGGCGGCUGUCUUUGAGAAGGGUUCUUCUGACAAUGCUUUCAGCAAAAUGGAGAAAGGAGAAUAUGCAUUUUCUCAGAUCAUUGGUGGGAUACAAGAAAGCUUUGAGAAGGUUGCCAAGGAGAAGAGCGUGAAGUUACCCAGCUCCUUCAGCAUUGAGAAGAUGAUGACAGAUCUAUAUAGACUGCCAGUACACAGAGAAAUGAUCAAUGCGGUCAUGUGCUUGAAGAAUCAUGGUCUGAAAACGAGCAUCCUGACCAACAGUGGUGUUUAUGAUUUGCCACUUGGGGAUGAUGGUCCUAGUACAGUCCAUCUACUUACUGUGUCGAUGAGCUUCAUCUUUGAUGACAUCAUUGAGUCGUGUCGUGUGGGGAUGAGGAAACCAGACCCUGAGAUCUACAAGUUGGCUUGCAGGAGGAUGGGGGUCCAACCAAAAGAAGCUUUCUUUGUGGAUGAUAUUAAGGCCAACGUGGGCAAUGCAGAGGCUGUAGGACUGACAUGCAUUCAUUUCACUGAUGUCCAAUCUACUCUGACUAGGAUGCAAGAACUGACAGGCAUUGAUGUCUUUGCAAAGGCAAAACCCGUUUCAGUCGAUCCUGAGAAAAUUGCCCAUGGAUAUGUCACCACAGAGGAUGGAGUCAAGCUGCAUUAUGUUGAAAUGGGAGAAGGCCCAGCAGUCAUUCUCUGCCAUGGUUUCCCAGAAUCUUGGUACUCAUGGAGAAAACAGAUUCCUGCCUUGGCCUUAGCUGGCUACCGAGUCAUUGUUCCUGAUCAAAGAGGUUUUGGUCAUUCUUCAUCCCCAGCAGAUGUCAAGGAUUACACCCAUGAGCAUUUUUGUAAGGACAUCAAAUCUAUCAUGGAUUCUCUGAGUAUUCCUAGAUUCACUAUUGUUGGUCAUGACUGGGGUGGUUUUGUUGCUUGGAAGACAGCCAUCAGAUUUCCGUCUCGGAUCAGAGCUGUAGCAGGUGUGAACACCCCCUACUUCCCUCCUAAUCCUAAGGUCAACCCCUUCGACAAGAUACGUGAAGAUCCUGGCAUGUUUGACUAUCAACUCUAUUUCCAAGAACCAGGUGUGGCGGAGGCUGAACUGGAGAAAGACUUGGAGAAAACUUUCAAAUUUUUCUUCAGAGGAUCUAGCAAACAGGACUAUUACCCUGGAAUGGAGAAAUUCGGCAUCAACAAUGCGAGGGCGAGGGGCGGUUUGUUAGUUGGUGUUCCUGAUGAUCUGCCUAUGCCUUCCCUACUUACUGAGAAAGAUUUGGCUUACUACGUCAAACAGUACAAGACAUCAGGAUUCAGAGGACCUCUGAACUGGUACCGGAACACUGAUCAGAACUGGAGAGACAGUGUGAAGGAUGCUGGACGCAAGAUUUAUGCACCAGCCUUGAUGGUGACUGCAGAGAAGGACCCAGUGUUGGUUCCAGAGAUGAGUAAAGCUAUGGAAGGAUGGGUGCCCAAUCUAUCCCGUGUCCACAUUGAGGAAUGUGGCCAUUGGACUCAGAUGGAAAAACCCACUGAGCUGAAUGAAGGACUGAUCAAAUGGUUGAAUGACGUCCAUCAAAAAGCCAAGAUCCCUGUGGUUGCAGGAUUCUGAGACAUCUCCCUGCAUUGGUUGGUACACACCUCACCCACUCAGAAAUGAGUCAGAAAUCUAGUCAAUCACAAGUGCAAAAUAAAUAACAUGUCAUAUCUCAAGUAACAAAACGGAAACAACCAUGUAGGAAUGUCUCUGUUAUAGUUUGUAGCAACCAGGAUAAAUUCAUUGCCUUUUACUGAAAUUUAGAUUAUAUAUUUGAUCAUUGAUUGAUAUUUGCGAAAUGUUCUUGUUUCCCACAAGUUAAUUUGAACAGCUUGUGACUUGACUGUGAUUGGCUGGAUUACAACUCUGUAUAGAUGAUGGAGUAUAAAGUGGCCAAUCACAGAUGAGCAGUUAUUAAUUUGCUAAUAAUGGGAGACAUAGUUUUGAUAAGUUAAACGAGAGAACUUAUUGCAAAGAUUUUAACCAUUUUUUUUUUCGGAUAGUAAGAUUUGUUAUUGUUUUUUAUUACAAAUUUACACAAUCGAAUGAAAUUAUGCAUAACCAGGACAUGAACCCAAGACCUUGCAAAUGUCUUGCAAGAAUCUUGAAAAAAAAAAUCAUACUCUAUCUUCAGUAUCCACUGUAUCUCAUGUUUGAUUUCAAUAUAAGCUGCAUGCUUUUUCCAUCUCAAGUAGAUUUCAUUUGGGUUUUCAUGUUUUGUUUCCAUAUUGGUCUAGUUCCAAAGAUUAAGCUUUGAUAAACCAUGUACAUAAUGAUUGUUUCCAGGUUCUAUUGGUAAAUGCACCUCAUUCGUUUUUACAGAGAAAACACCAAUUAUACCAAUGUAUCAAGAUUGUUUGUCUUUUUUUUUAUUGGAUUAAAGUGAAAUACAGAAUCGUCUCCUUGAA